AUGAGAUUGUGCACUGAUUAUCGUCAGUUAAACAAGGUGACAGUAAAGAACAAGUAUCCUCUGCCACACAUAGAUGAUUUGUUGGAUCAGCUUAGAGGUGCUUCUGUGUUCUCAAAUAUUGAUCUUCGUUUCGGAUAUCACCAGAUCCGGGAAGAACAUGCAGAGCAUUUGAAGAUAGUUCUACAGAUUUUAAGGGAACAUCAGUUAUAUGCCAAACCAUCCAAGUGUGAGUUUUGGUUGCAUGAGAUCCAGUUUCUUGGACAUGUCAUCUCAUCUACAGGAGUGGCUGUUGAUCCGAGUAAAAUUGAAGCUGUGCUGGAUUGGGAGAGACCCAAGAGUGUUACUGAGAUCCAGAGUUUUCUGGGUUUAGCCAUACACUACAAACAAUUUAUUAAUGGAUCCUCCAGAAUCGCCUUGCCAUUGACUAGGUUGACCCGAAAAGGGGUGCCAUUUGCAUGGACCCUUGGGUGUGAUGUGAGUUUUCAAGAAUUGAAAGAUAAGUUGACUACCGCACCGGUUCUGAUUCUUCCUGAUCCAGAGAAGAGAUUUGAGAUCUAUUGUGAUGCAUCCAAGUAUGGAUUAGGGAGCGUGUUGAUGCAGUAG